AUGAGUGAUAGCUCAUCUGACAACACGUAUGGAGAGAGUUUCUCCACUACAAGGAAAAGGUUCUCUCCAGAAGAGGAUGCAAUACUAAAAAAGCUAGUACAAGUUGAAGGAAUCAAAGACUGGGAAGAAAUUAGUGAGCAAUUGCCAGGAAGAACAUCUAGACAGUGCAGGGAUAGAUAUAAUAACUAUCUAUUCAAGGAAAUAGUUAAAAGACCAUGGACUCCAGAAGAAGAUCGAAUCAUCAUUGAGAAGAACAAGAUAUAUGGCAACUCAUGGUCGAAAAUUGCACAGUUCCUUGUUGGGAGAAGUGGAAACAACGUCAAAAAUAGAUGGCACAAGUAUUUAUACAAUCAUUACAUGGAUUAUAACGAUCUUGAGGAGAAAAAGGUCCCAGAACCUAAGGAGGAACCGAAGAAGCAAGAAAAUGCUGCGGAAGCCUAUUGCACUUACUCACUUCUUAACCAAAAAAUCACUUUCCCAGAUGUUUUAACCUGCAGGCCAUGGGAACUAAUAACUCCGAAAGAUGUAUAUAUUGUAAAAUAA